AUGCCUGAAUCUUUGGUCUGUUGUACUUGUAGUAUUUGCUCAUUAAAUGAUGAUGGUGGUUCCUGGAAACUAAAAAGUGCUAGAGUUCGACAUCAAAAACGUGAUAAACGAAAUGAAUUAAGUCCCAAUAAUGAUUCAGAAUUGCAAGAAAGUAUUCAAGACAGUAUUCAAAAUCAAGAAUUAUAUAGUUGUUACCAAGAGACAUUUGAGCCUGAACUUUAUAAUCUAGAAAACAUUAGUGAAUUUGAGAAAGGGUUAGAAAAUAAUUACAGAUUGGAAAGUGUUGAUCAAUUUGAGAAUGCGUUAGGGAAUCAUAAUAACUUUGAAGGAUUUGAAGAUAUUAAUGUAUUUGAAAAUGAGUCAGAAGGUAAUAUCGAACUUGAGAAUGUAUUAGAAAAUAGAGAUGAGUAUGAGUACGAAAGUAAUAUUACUUUUGAAGGUAGUUUAGAAAUUGAUGAUGAAUUUGAGAAUUGGUCAGAAAGUGAGAGAAGUGAUUCAAGUAUAACUAAUACAACUUUUACUGAUAACGAAGAAAAUGAUCCUUUUAUAUCUUCUGAGCUUGCUACCAUGAUUCGGCUCCUCAAAAUUAAGAUAGACAUGUGUAUUAAUUUAUGUUGUACCUAUAUGGGUGAUUUUAAAAAUCUUACUGAGUGUCCUUACUGCAAACAAGAACGCUAUCAAAAUGGACUUUAUAAAA